ACGUAAGCUCCCACACUCAACCCUAUUUAAAAAAUUGUCGGUACAUCAUCGAAAAACGAGUUGUCUUCUUUAUUCUUCGAAAGAUUUUGUGUACCUAUCUUCUAAACGUAAUUUGCAUAUCGUGUUCCAAAAGUCAAGUGCUUUACGAUGGGGGAUAGUCAAAGUGAAAAUCAACCCUUGCUGAGAGAUGGUAAGGAAGCUGAUGUUUUUUUUGUUUUGACAGCUGAUGAUUCAACCAACAUUCAACAAUAUCGUCAGGAGGUAAAUGUGAGCACAACAUCAAUUGGCCCCGAUGAGCUGCCUCCACCAUACCAGCAAGCGGGAAUGCCUAUGGUGACAUGUCGUGUGUGCCAGGCUAUGAUCGACAUAUCUGGGAAGAGGGAGCAACAUGUUGUCAAAUGCUCAGAAUGUAAUGAAGCAACUCCAAUAAGGAAUGCUCCGCCGGGCAAGAAGUAUGUCCGCUGUCCUUGCAAUUGCUUGCUGAUUUGCAAGUCCUCUUCCCAGCGCAUUGCUUGCCCACGACCCGACUGCAAGAGGAUUAUUAACCUGGCGCCGUCUCCCGUCACCCCGCCCGUGCCGACGUUGCCGGGCAUGUGCAGGGUCAUCUGCGCUCAUUGCCAAGACACAUUUUUGUACCAGUUGCUGAAGAACGCGCCGGUGCGCUGCCCGCACUGCCGGAAGGUGUCGUCGGUGGGCGCGCGCAUGAAGCGCAUGCGCGGUAUAAUCUUCGGCGUGCUGGCGGCGGUGCUGUUCGCGGUGGCGCUGGGCGUGACGCUGGGCACGCUGUCGGCCGCCAAGAGCCACGGCGGCGGCGUGUACGUGGCGUACGUCGGUGGCUUCCUGCUCGCGCUCAUACUGGCCAGCCGGGCCAUCUACUACUUCGCCAUGAAAGUCAGCACGAUCGAGGGCCCGAUGUAAACGGCGACAUAUGUAUGCGGUUAUAUUUGUGAUAAACAACGUUUUGUAUGACUAGUUAUUAUAAUAGAAAAUUCUCAAUUCUAUAUUAUGUAACGAAACUUGCAACAAUUGUAUCGUCAAAUUGGUUAUAUGCCUAAUAAAUAUUGGAACCACCUCGACAUAGAGCCGCGCAGGUUCUAUUUGAUGAUGUUGGUUUUAUAGAGCCAUUUAUCUGAAAAGGUUUUAUUGUAAUCGAAUAAACGUAUUAGAUAGGUUGACCAUAAAAUCAAAAAACAUAACAAUUUUAGUGUGCGCGAGUUGUACACACGCGUACAGGUGGAUCGAAAACACACAUGCAUUCCGGACAGUGAUAUAUAUACUGAAAGAUAUCGAAAAAUAUGUAAGUAAAAUUCAAUUUGUGCUUUCGAGUUGAGCAUGGUGUUGUAAUUCCAUUAGUUUUACAUUAAUUCAAUAGUGAUCAGUAUCUGUGCCUGGUGGGAAGAAGCCCCAAGCGCUAAUUACCUUGACCGAGGCUUUGUCGAAUCCGGGUCAUACUAAACGAAAUCGGCAAAGCCUUGAAAGAGGAAUGUUUUUCCACACGGUAAAUACAUAGAUUCGAGUAAUAAUAAAACAGUUAUCUUUAUAAAAAAUACAAAGCGCCAAGCUGAAAUUUUUCAUAAUACACGCAGAACACGUCGAAAAUUAUAAAAAAAAAACAGUAUUUCGAUCAGUCACAAAACGAAAUAAAAGCCAUGACAAAUAAUUAUUGUAGACUCUAUGUUUUAGUUCAGCCACUCAUGACGUGCAUUAAAGAGGUCAUCGUCCCAUGUUCGUAAUUACUCAUAAACAAUCUGAUAUAAUUAUGUUAUUCGUGUGGCGUUUGUAAGCUUUGUUGUCUUUUUUAAUUUUAUGGUAUUAAAUAAAAAAUAUAUAAGCUACGAGAUUAUCCCUAUAUAGUUUGUAUUAUAUUCAGCUUUGCGUACUUGAGAGAUAUCCAAAAUUGUCGCCAAGUUUUGAGACCGGGUGAUUUAGUUUUUAUCAUUAUUAAACUAUUUUUAUUCAGUUAUUUUAUAUUAGUUGUACUCUGAAAACCACAGAAAAUAAUGAAAGCAAUAAUUUGUAUUUGCAUGUAUUAAAUUUGUGUUAUAAAAUGUAAAUAUAUAAAUUAUUCUAAAUAUAAUAUAGACACCAUUGGGUUGACUUGUAAUUAGAAUAAUAUAUUCGCUAUUAUGUAAUGGUGUUUUAAAUCUCAGUCGGCUUAGAUGCCAUAGCAAUUAUACUUAUGGACACGAAGAUAUAGAAACUGUAUACCAAGUAGUUGUGCAACUUAGUUUAAAAACUUAAUUUUAAGUUCACAGCAUUUCUGAAAUAUGACGCUUAACUUACAUGUUGGAUCAUAAAAAGUAUAAUCUUGUGACAUUGGCGUAAAAAAAGCGCUUUCAUAAAAAACAAUAUGUACUAGUCGCUUCUGUAACACGCAAAAAAAAUAUCAGUCCUCAAAAACACUCCGUUUUGAUAUAUCUUGUUUAUUUUUAAUCCAAAUAUUUUGGUUCAUAUGAAUUUUAUAUUAACAAAUAUAAUGUUUAUGUAAAAUUCAUGUCAGUUAUAGCAGACCAAUAUUAAUGCCGCUUCUUAUAGAAUAUUAAUUUUAACAUAGUAAUAAUAAUUUGUGACAUAGUUUUCGAACGGGCUAUAUACAUAUUAUUAACAGCGAGCCAUUAACUCCAAAUACCGACCGUUUUCUUACGUAAGUCUGUAUAAUUCGUCUCUAUUCCCUUAACAUAUAACUUCACGUAUCGAUUUGUUGCGAAAGACAUUUACUGGUGGUCCCGUAUGUGUAGUUCCUGAUGCCGGGAACUUGGGUGGUAGUCACACUGGAGACAUGUUUCUACUCUCAAUCCAUUCCGUAGAGUGUUCGUGAUUUGCUAACAAACUUUUAAAUUAACUUUCACAUUUAUAAUAUGUAUAUAACUAAACGUCACGUAUAGCAGAUAGUCGAAAUAUCAUGUUUUUAAAGUUCUCAAUACUGGCAUGUUAGAUAAAUUUUGUCCCUAACCUGUUACAAUAAUCAGGAAUUUCUGGAUAUUAGAAAUUUAAAACAAUAUCAAUAAUAUUUCAUAAGAAUUAAACCAAGAAUAAUUCUGACUGGAGGAGCUGUUUUUGAGGAUUAAUGGUAAGAUAAAUUCAUUGUGUUUUUGCGCGCGUCAAAUAUCGACUGGUGUGCGAGUUGUGUUUCACUGUCGGUACUACAUAUUGUCAGAUCUAAGCCUAUACUCUUCGCACGAAUUUACGUAUUACAGUGUACUCGUAAGUUAUCAUUUCAUGAAAGCAAAUUUUUGCAUGAAAAUUUGAACCCCGCGAGUGAAUUUGGAACUAAAAUAACGCAGCAUGAACAUUGGGCACUUGUAAACUUCGAAUAGUAAAUUAUGUAACCAUGGUAACGGUAAGCUUAUAUGGGUACCUAUCGGUAGUACCAAUUUGUUUUUUUGACCUAUUAUCAAACAACUUUCUAGAUACGAAUUUAUUUAUUUAUUUACUUUAGGAAGAUUUACAGACAAAUAAUAUCAGUAGAGUUUAAACACAAAAUAUAGUUUUAUGCUAAUUAGAUAUCUCCACUAUUAAAUUACCAGAUAGUAGUGUUUGAGGGCUUAUAAUGUGAAUGUUUAUGUUACAUUAAAUAUAUACUAUAACGCGUUAAUUCCUGCUAAAGAUCAGAACAAAUGGUCUGACAAUAGUAUAAUAUACUCAUGACAAAAGAUUACACAGCUCGCGACGCCGUAGUGGCUUGAAGCACGCUAAAACCCAUCAUGUUUAUCGAAGCCAUUUAAAACCCUUAAUUAACUGCUACGUAGAACGUGAUCUGAGUUACAAAGCGACGAAACAAGUUUGAUCAUAGGUUACACAAUUAUUAUCAAUGCUUUGCCGAAAUUAUGGUAGUCAAUGUGAUUAUAUUUGACCAAGUAGGUACUAUACGAUUAACAAUAGAAUAGUGUUCAAAAUUAACAUUUUAACUUUCACACCAUCGUAAACGUUAAGAAUGACUUAAUACACUUACGACCGUUAAGUAAUUUCUUACGGAAUGUAACUAAACACUGUAAAGCUUAAUUUAGAACUUGUUAUCGAUUCGCGUUGAGUUGCUUGAUAUAUUCAA